ACUUCUGGUACGGAGCAGACUGUUGUUGGUUUCAAGACUGCGUGGAGUUGACGGCUUUACCUACUGAGUGUCCAGGCUGCCGGGAGUAUCUCGGAAGCUGUCACCUAGAUCGUUAUCUUCGUGCUACUUGGAAUAUUAUAUAUAGCGUUGCUAAACAAACCGAAUGAUACAGGUGGUAUUUUUCUGCGUUCAUCGGAAAUGCGAAAAACAGCGCGCGGGUUUUUUAAUCUUGCGUCCUUCGAAUCAUUUUAGCAGGCGGGCGUUGGUAGAUGCAGUCAGCCAGCGCAAACUCAACCAAAGACAGAAGGGAUUGUCUAUCAGUGUCUUUGCCGGAUAACCAUCAGGUCCUAGCUGCGUUCGUAAGUGCUAUAGUUGUUGUAAAAAGGACCCAAAGGCUGUUGUUGCUGCACGGAACAUAUAUGGUCAUAUGGGUAGCGCAGAAUUUAGUAAUGCGGCCGGCUAUCAAUGGGCCACUGCGGUGGCUGAGCACUCGUGCACAGAUUCCGCCAACGACAACAAAAGAGUUUGUUCGUCACGUCGACCAUUACUCGCGGUUUAAUCCUUCGCCACUCUCCAUUAAACAGUUUCUUGAGUUCGGGGAGAGGGCUAACCCCGCCGAGUCAUGCUCGUUCCUACGAAAAGAGCUUCCAGUUCGUUUGGCGAAUAUUAUGAAAGAGAUUCAGCUCUUACCACGACAAUUACUUGAAAUGCCUUCAAUUAAACUAGUUAACAGCUGGUAUCAACGGAGUUUUCUGGAAAUGGUUCAAUAUGACCAGAAAAAAGGUGAUUUGCGCGAGUCAGAGCUCACUGAUUUUACGGAAAUGCUCACUACCAUUCGCAACCGGCACUCGAAUGUCGUCCAAACUAUGGCCGAAGGCGUCCUCGAGCUAAAACGCUCAACUCCCACAGAUCUGUCGACAGAUUAUGCGAUCCAAUAUUUCCUUGAUCGCUUCUAUAUGUCCCGGAUAUCGAUACGAAUGUUGAUCAAUCAGCAUACAUCACUGUUCGGCGAUCUCGACGCGGAUGAUCGUCCGCCAGGCAACGGUGGACGUGUAGGUGUUAUUGAUCCAUACUGUGACAUCACAGUGGUAACAUUGGAUGCGUUCGAGAAUGCCAAGUUCCUCUGUGACCAGUACUAUCUUACGUCACCGAACAUGCAUCUUGAAUGCAUUCCACCAGAUAAGCGUGUUCGUAUCGUUUACGUGCCUUCACACCUCUAUCAUAUCCUGUUUGAGCUUUUCAAGAACGCGAUGCGAGCUGUUGUAGAGCGCCAUGGACCGGAUACUGAUUCCGACAAAUUUCCGCCAUUGCGGAUCCUCAUCGUAAAAGGCGAAGAAGAUAUCACUAUACGGCUAAGUGACAUGGGGGGAGGUAUACCGCGAAGUGCAAGCGACCUCCUAUUUCAGUACAUGUACUCGACGGCGCCGGAGCCUUCACCGACGGAUUCAGCCCCGCUGGCUGGGUAUGGGUACGGCCUUCCAUUGUCACGGCUAUACGCCAGGUAUCUGCAUGGCGAUUUGACCGUAACCUCGAUUGAAGGCUACGGAACCGAUGCGCACGUGUACAUCAAAGCAAUCUCGAAUGAAUCACACGAAAAGUUGCCGAUUUUCAACAAAACAUCUUCGAAGCACUACAAUAUGGUUAUCGGUUCCAACGAUUGGUCGAGCCCUGUCAGUGACGAACUCGUUGUAUGGCCCAGCGAGGAGAUGGAAAAAAGUAAAAGUAAAGGAGGACCACAGCAGCACGGCUGGCGGGAUCGCUACACGAAGCACCUUUAAAGGCAUAUCAAAGCACUGAAGGAGGGGGAGUAUCCGACACGCCAAGGUCCUCUGAUUCGACGUAGAAACUUUUAAGGAAAUUUUAGUAGCAGUCUAUAUUGUUUUCCCAACUAAUUCGUGAGCACAAUGGCAAAAGCGAACUUCAGAUAGCAAAUAGAGAAAUAGUCAUCUGCUGCGAUAUAGAAAUCAAGCAACUAGCGGACACCUGUCAAGUAAUGGGGUAGACGCUCCCUGGCGUCUACUGAGGUCUAGUGGGGACACGCGUUCGGACAGUAACUGACUGAGGUGAACUAACGAGAUGAUAAGGCCGCGCAGCGUCAACUUCACAGUGAAAAAAUAUGGGAGAUCUAGUUCUCCUAGAAUCUGUUUAAAAGAUUGGAAAAAGAAAGGAAACCGACAAAGUCGGGAUGCUUUUCAAUGUUUUCGGUAUUAAUUGUCUGAACAGGACUUUUUUUUAGAGAGAGAAGGUGUCUAUUGCUCUGGUUAUUCGCGUACGUAUUGAAAAGAUGUACAUAAUUAGAUCCAUUUUCUGUUAUAGUUUGCAGUGAAUAAAUGCGGAGAGCUUUGCGUUAAGUUACCAGCGCUGCAUCUAUAUCGUUAUGCCCGUAGGUUUCCACGGCCUGAAAAGGAACGGCAGAUAAAAUUACAUAUGCGUAAGUUUUUGCAAUUGAUUUUGUUUGCGAUAUCAGCUACUCUACGACUAUUAUUACAAUUGCUCAAUUUUUUCACUCAUGGGCACUGUUCACAUCGAGGCAAAUGGUUGGUUGCUAUAUGUAUUAUUGACAUUCUUUGCAAUAGGCAUAUUAAUUAUUGCUGAAUAUUGCUGCGACUAUGCUCGUUCUGACGAAAGAAGAAACAAGAUACUGUAUGAAACACCCGUUAUUGAUAAAGACUCAGAUUUAUUUAUAUUAAGAGAUGCAACAAAAUAGAACCCUAAGAGAACUGAUAAAACAAGAGCAUAUCUCCUGAAAGAAGAUUAUAUAUUAGUAGUGUUUUUUUUGGCUCAGCGGUUUAGCCUGUUGUUUCAAGAAAGUUAUCUAUUAUUCACUUACGCAUCAUGGGCUAACAUAAUUCCAUAUGUAUCAUGUAAUCCUUGUAACAUCCGUUCGAUGCUAAGAAUUGGUCGUUUCGUUGGUUUCGCAUACUACCUUGCCCCAAGGGGACUGCCUCUUGUUUCCUGAAUUCGGUCCGGGUAGCAAAUACGAACGCCACUGGAACAUAUCUUUUAUCCCAAUUAAGACUGUAUAAACAUUUAUGGUCUUCGGCCGUGGUUUCCAACUUAUGUAAUGAAAGCUAAAGUCUAAGGUCUAUCUAACAUGAUAACGUUUUUGUCGUAUAUUUUUAUAAGUUGGCGCUGCUUUCAGUUUGGCAUCCUUCUCCAGAGGUUACUUAUUGAUGAGCUAGACGAUUAGUCUCUUGAGUUCGCCUGAAUAGGUUAUAUACAGCUAAAUCGUGCAAUUAGGCGUUUCAAAGUGGAAGCCUUCUGAAAAUAACGUAUUUCGACCUACAAAUGACCUUAGUCUGUAUUUAAAGCUGGAAGGAUGUGAAAAGCCGUAGAAUAAGUUCGGCGCAGCUUACAAAUGAUCUGUACUAAAACAAUAUUAAUAAAUAGUAUAUUAAUGCUACUACAAGUUAUAUAUACUUGAGUAUACUUAUAACGAAUAGGUAGAAUAAUGGCAAUAAGUGUAAUAGAAAACAAAGUAACUUCCAUUAUUUGUCCAUAUUUAUCCAUUUAUUAUAUUGUAAUAAUUAGUAAUUGAGCGAUAAAUAAAAAGUAUGCUUUUAACCCGUUCAAGCAAGUACACGAACAUAUCCAGACAAGAUACGAGCAUGAUACUAAUUAAUUAUGAUGAAAGGAAGUUGUAUUUGGUGCUCAAUGAAAUGCGACGUUUUUUAAACUGACGAAAUUGAGGAAACGUAUCGAAUUAUGGUACAGGAAAAUGCUCAACUCAAUCUAAAGUAGUAAUUUAGUACCUAUUAUUAAUUAUCGAUAUAAUUUUUAUUGUUAUCACUCGCACUGUUAUCACAGUUAUUAUAUGAGCACUGAGUAUUUUGCCAAAGCUCCAAGAUGAAAACAGAAGUGCAAAGUAAACAAAAUGCGGCGAAAAAGAGGCGCCAAAACGGGCGUGCGCAAACACCAUUUACCAAAACAAGGAAAAGAACCACCUGAAUUAGCGAGUACAACUGCAUUCAAAAAUCGCUGAGUAAAGGGCCUCACUAGCGAGGUAAAGGCCAGCUAUUGACAAUGAAACUUCAAGCAAGAUUAUUUUCUUUAAAAUAGAAACGAGGAAGUUGCAAGUGUCAAAAUUUCGGUUACUUACCACCAUAAUGUAGUGGUCCACGCUUUUAAUGUGAAUUUGUGCAUUGACUAUAUACACAAUGAUUACGUGUGUGUAAUAUUAAAUGGCUACUUUUUUAUGGUACAGAGGAUUAAAUGUGUGGACUGAAAAUAAGUGCUUUCAUUAGCUCUAGAAUAAUUCGAAUCGUUCAAUUUUUCAUGAGCCAAAUGUGCUUUCCAAAAAAAAACAAGUAUUCUCUUCAGUCAGAUUCGACCUGUUACGAAGAUUCUAUGAUUCACUUUGAUAACAUAUUUCGUGUAUUUAUUACUAUUUAUGCUUAUAUAUGACUUCAUUUAAUAGCCAGUUUACUAGAUAAAGUCGCGGGGUUCCUGCUGUGCCUUUUCUGUUCUAAUAAAUGAU